UCCUGUUGUUACUAGCGAUUAAUGUAAUAAAGUUUCCUUUCAGUAUUGCACUUCCAUACAAAACAAAUAAUAAUUUUUCAUAUAAUAUAAAGUAAUAAUGAAAUUUUAAUCGGAAGAAAGAUUUGUUUUUUUCAUUCCGCAAUAUAUUUCGCCGUUGCUGUACAAAUAUAAAGCGGCGACAUUCGAUCGUCUUGUUACACCCUCUGUCACAAAUAACUAAUUAAAAUGGCCAACUCUUAUUCAAAUGGAUAUCAGUAUUCAUCAUAUAGCAGUCCUGAUUCCUCUUCAGGAGGAUAUGGAGAAUUUUCUCGCUUGUCUGAUGUCAUUAGUACUAAUAUUCAGAAAGUUUCUCAGAAUGUUGCUUCAAUGCAGAAAAUGGUUAAUCAGCUUGGGACAUCUCAAGAUUGUGAAAGCCUCAGAGCUCAGCUGCAUCAAGUGCAGCACUAUACCAAUCAACUAGUGAAAGAUACUAAUAACCACCUGAAAGAACUUUCAUCUUUACCAAACCCACCAAACCUUUCAGAUCAAAAACAAAGGAAAAUUUUAAAAGAAAGAUUAACUAGUCAGUUUUCGGAAGCUUUAAAGAAUUUCCAGCUUGCACAGAGAAAUGCUGCUCAAAAGGAAAAAGCCAGUGUUAUGCGAGCUCGAGCUCAUUCUGGUCUUACUGGAAACCCAUUUGGUGAUGAUACUCCGUCGAGCGGUCAGAAUCUUAUUGAUCUCCAAAGUCCUACACAAACUCAAAUGAUGACAUCAUUACAAAUGGAGGAAGAAGUGAAUUUAGAACUACUCAGGGAAAGAGAGGAAGCUGUUCGUAAAUUGGAGGCUGAUAUUGUUGAUGUGAAUCACAUUUUCACUGAUUUGGCUGCUUUAGUUCAUGAGCAAGGCGAAGUAAUUGACAGCAUUGAAGCAAAUGUUGAACAAGCUCAAAUCCAAGUUUCUGAAGGGACACAACAAUUGGCAAAAGCCAGACGCCAUCAGGCUGCUGCAAGACGUAAAGCAUGCUUUUUAGUAGUUGUUCUGAUUUUGGUGGCUGUAGUCAUUGGUCUGAUAAUAUGGCUUUCAAAUUGAAAUCCAUGAGAAUAACACUGCAAAUUGACAGUUUAUUCAGUAUGGCAGAU